AUGGAAUUAUUGAAAAUAGCUUAUAAUAUAAAUUUAUAUUUUAUUCCAAUUAUGAUUAUAUUUGGUAUUAUUGGUAAUAUACUUAAUAUAUUUAUAUUUACUCGUCCAGCUCUUCAUCGUUCAUGUUCGAUUUAUUUUUUGGCUGGAUCUUUUAAUGGUCUUAUUAUACUUAUUUUUGGUACAUUAAAUGACUGGUUUUCACAAAUAUUUCCUGUUUUAAAUCCUAUUGGUACAUCGCUUAGUUAUUGUCGUUUUCUAUCUUAUUUCAUCUAUGUUAUUUAUAAUUUAGCUCCAUAUUUUACAGCAUGUAUUACAAUAGAUCGAUUCUUGUCAAGUUGUCCCGAUGCAAAUCUACGUCGUUUGAGUUCCCGUCCUCAAACAGCUUAUAUAGUUAUACCCAUUAUAAUUCUUAUGACAUCAAUAGCUUAUAUUCAUAUGCCCAUUCGAUAUACAAUUAUUUGGUCGAUAUGUCAACCAGAACCAGGUUUUUAUGCAAAUUUUUUUCCGUUUUUUACAACUGGAUAUUAUUUUUUUGCUAUUAUUCUAAUUAUUAUAUUUGGUUUGGGUACAAGCUAUAAUAUUCGAAGUCGACGUCGAAGAAUUCAACCAUUGGUUAAUACAAAUGCAAUAGUAGAACGACGACGUGCUCGAGGUGAUGCUCAACUAUUAAUUAUAUUAUUCGUACAUGUUGUAUGUUAUGCUGCACUUGCUUUACCAUUUCAUAUUACUCUUAUGAUAGCAGCUAUAAAACCAACACUUGCUGUGAAUAUAAUAUUUCUAUUUGCUCAACAAAUUACUUUUGUUACACUCAAUCUUAGUCAAUCGAUCAGUUUUUAUGUCUUUACAUUAACUGCUAAGAUGUAUCGAAAAGAACUUAUAAAUCUUAUUCGUCGAGUUAAAGAUCAUUACUGGCAUUAA